AUGCAGAGUCUGGCCGUGGUGGGAGGAAAAAUGCCCUGGAGGUUUUACAGGAACUGGGGUGGGUUUGCACGAUGCUAUGAAAUGACAGACCUCUCCAGCAACAAAACCUACGCCGUGAAGGUCGUUCCUCACAGCCGGGUGGCUAAACCUCACCAGCGGGAAAAGAUCACCAAUGAGAUUGAGCUGCACCGGGACUUGCACCAUAAGCAUAUUGUCAAGUUCUCCCACUACUUCGAGGACGCAGAGAGUAUCUACAUCUUCCUGGAGCACUGUAGUAGGAAGUCCUUGGCCCACAUCUGGAAGGCCCGCCAUACUCUGCUGGAGCCCGAAGUGCGCUAUUACCUCAAACAGAUCAUCUCAGGCUUGAAAUACCUUCACCUCAAGGGCAUCCUGCACAGAGACCUCAAGCUCGGCAACUUCUUCAUCAAUGAAAACAUGGAGCUGAAAGUGGGGGACUUUGGUCUAGCUGCUUGCCAGGAUAUCUCUGACCAGAAGAAAAAGACGAUAUGUGGGACCCCCAACUACCUGGCCCCAGAAGUGCUGCUGAGGCAGGGCCACGGGCCGGAGUCGGAUGUGUGGUCCCUGGGCUGUGUCAUGUACACCCUGCUGUGUGGGAACCCUCCCUUUGAGACCUCCGACCUCAAGGAGACCUACAGGUGCAUCAAGCAGGUGGAGUACACCCUCCCUGCCUUCCUCUCCUUGCCUGCCAAGCACCUCAUUGCCGGCAUCCUCAGACGCAACCCCCAGGACCGCCUCACCCUCGAGGAGAUCUUGGACCAUGAGUUCUUCAAGGGCUACACGCCUGAGAAGCUCCCUCCCAGCAGCUGUGUGAUGGCUCCAGAGCUGAGUCCCCCCAACCCAGCAAAGAGUCUGUUUGCUAAAGUCACCAAGACACUUUUUGGGAAGAAAAAACCCAAGGCCAAGAAGGGCUCUUCAGAGGACAAGGAUGACAUCUCCAAGCUGGUCACUGGGCUGAUGAAGACCUCGAUCUGUCGGCAGAUGAGCUAUAAAACCGUGGAAGGGAAUGAGGCCACCCCAGUAUCAUGCCGCAGCGCCAGCUCUAGCCCUGUGGAGACCGUGGUGGAAGAGACAUCUCACAAGUCCGUGUCCCCCUCCAUCCGGGGGACGAUGGCCAGCAGCUGUGAGGCCUUUGAAGACUGCAUCACCGCCUCUGCCAUAUCGGCUGUCUGGCUGCUGGGGACCUGCCUCUCCUCCAUGCCCCCAGGUAAACUGGUCAGACUGCUCUGGGAUGGGACAGGGCACUGGGCUGGUGCCUGGGGAAGCCCCUCAGGUGGGAAGGGGCAAGGGGAGGCUGUGCCAGGGGUAGGUUUGGUGCUGGGUGUCCCCAAAGCUCAUGGUCUUCUUCCUCCCAGGACUGUGCAUUACAACCCGACCAACAGCAAACACCUUGUGUUCUCUGUGGCUGCCAUCCCUGAGCAGCUGCAGGGACAGAUGAGUGUCUUGCGCUACUUUGCGUCCUACAUGGAGCAGCAUCUCAUGAAGGGAGGUGACUUGCCCAGCAUAGAUGACCUCGGGCAGCCAGCCCUGCUCCUCCUGCAGUGGGUGAAGACCGACCAGGCCUUGCUCAUGCUCUUCAGCAGUGGCACCCUCCAGGUGAACUUCUACAAUGACCACACCAAGGUGAUCAUUAGCAAGCCUGACCAUUCCUGCCUUGUCACCUACAUCAACCGGGAGCGCAACUCCUACACCUACAAGCUGUGCAGCAUCCAGGAGCUGGGCUGCUCUCCUGAACUCCACCACCGCCUCAGAUACAUCCUCAAGCUCCUCCAAGAACGGGCUGAGGCCUAG